UUUAUUUAUUUAUUUUGAGGGAGAGAGAACACACGAGUGGGGUAGGGGCAGAGACAGAGGGAGAGAAAGAAUCUCAAGCAGGCCCCCCACCAGCAGUGCAGAGCCCGAUGCAGGGCUCAAUCCCACGAACCACGAGAUCGUGACCUGAGCCAUCACCAAGAGUCGGAUGCUUAACUGACUGAGCCGUCCAGGCGCCUCGAUCAUAACAAAUAUUCUACGCAAUCAGGCACUCAGCCCCAGGCCACGCUGGAAAGAGGCCUCCAGAACUGCCAAGUCUGGGAGGGUUUCCUGGACAGAAGUCCCUGUGGCCGCUGCCUUAAGACGUGCAGGCUGGGCCGCGGCCGCCACUGCUCUCCGACCCAGGCCAGUGCAGCAGCAUGGAGCUGUGGGGGGCCUACCUGCUCCUCUGCCUCUUCUCCCUCCUGACCCAGGUCACCACCGAGCCGCCAACCCCCAAGGUCAAGAAGGCUGCAAACGUCAGGAAAGAUGUCGUGAGCCCAAAGAUGUUUGAGGAGCUUAAGAGCCAGCUGGACAACCUGGCCCAGGAGGUGGCCCUGCUGAAGGAACAACAGGCCCUGCAGACGGUCUGCCUGAAGGGCACCAAGGUGCACAUGAAGUGCUUCCUGGCCUUCACCCAGGCGAAGACCUUCCACGAGGCGAGCGAGGACUGCAUCUCACGCGGGGGCACGCUGGGCACCCCGCAGACGGGCUCGGAGAACGACGCCCUCUACGAGUACCUGCGCCAGAGCGUGGGCGCCGAGGCCGAGAUCUGGCUGGGCCUCAACGACAUGGCGGCCGAGGGCACCUGGGUGGACAUGACCGGCGGCCACAUCGCCUACAAGAACUGGGAGACGGAGAUCACGGCGCAGCCCGACGGCGGUAAGGUCGAGAACUGCGCCGCCUUGUCCGGCGCGGCCAACGGCAAGUGGUUCGACAAGCGCUGCCGGGACAAGCUGCCCUACAUCUGCCAGUUCGCCAUCGUGUAGCCAACGGCGGGCGGGGGAGGGGGGGGUGCGGGGACCGGGGCGCCCAGCCCGGAUCCCCGGUCGGUGGUGCAAAUAAAGUCGGUGCCUCUGGA